CAGGUGCACGAAAAAAAAGUAUUCUAACUUCUGCAAAGAAUCGUUCCGAGCGAAAUUCAGAUCGGACCAAAGUCCAGGAUGCUGGAAAAAAAUGAAUGGAUGAUGGAUGAAAAGGUGCAGAAUCCCGGUCAUUUUGCCGAUGGAAUGGAGACCCUCAAACGUGACAUGAAGUCUUUCAAGUUGAAAAUGAAGCAAAUGGAAGAUUACAUUACGUUUAUCAAUGGACCUGCAGGGUCCAACACGGACAAAUUGGGGAUGGGAAACCAGAUUGAAUCCCAAUUCAAGAGUUGGAUGACCGGAAAGGAGGCAGCGCAUGAAAAACUCGACAACAACAUCGUGAACGGCAUGGAACGCUUGAAGCGCAACAUCGCGUACUUCAGGGGGAAAUUGGAGCUGAUGGAAAGAACCACUUUGCCCGACGACAGAAAUGCUGGACGUGAGAUCGGCGGAGAGAAUGGUAUUGCCAAGCCAUCUCACCACAAAUCCAAUCAUUUUUCUGAACAUGGGAAAAUGAAGCACUUGGAAGAUUACAUGCGUUUCAUCAAUGGAAUCGCUUGGUCAGAGGAGUCGGCAAAGGAAACUAUGUCAAGAUCCACGGUCAAGAUGCCGACGAACUUCGGGGAGAUAACGCAGGGCAAAUUGGGAGAUGUGGAUCAUCUCGUCAAUGGAAUGGAAAGCCUCAUACGCGACAUGAAUAAGUUAUACUUGUCACUUCUUCAAUGGGUUUACUUGGUUCGAAUAACUGUGUUCGCAGAAUUUCUGGGCGUGAAAUUGACGAAGCGAACUGGGGAUACAGGAGCUCCGAGAAGCCUGGACAUGAAGGCAGAAAUAAUUCCAGACAAGGGGAGAGAGUUGAUCCUGUACUUUCUGAGCAAUCCAACAGCCCAAAACAUCCGGAUCGGACGACUGGACAAUGUUGAAUUCCCCGCAAUCACCGUGUGUCCCCUUGCGACAUGGAACCAGACUGCACUGCAGAAUCGCAAUCUUAAUAGUGGCUACAUGACUAACUGGAUUCUGGGCAAGGGCUGGGUCCUGAACAGCUGGAUCCUGAACUGGUUAAACAUGAGCAUUGACGAAACUCUAAAUAUGUUCACAUUGAAUGACUUCAGUCUCCUGGAAGACUGCAGUAUCGGGCUUAACAUUGGUGAAGCAGAUUGCUUAUAUGGAAAUCGUUCAGGGAUCGAUGGGCAUCGCGUCGUCGACACCUAUGGGGGAUCUUGGAGAGAAUCGCGGUUCCUUCAGCAUGACCUCUUUCCGUUCAUGAAGACCUGCUACACAUUUGAUGCUAAGUUAUUGAUGGAAAUGGGGAGAAACGCAUUUGUAUUGCGUCUUUUCUUGUCGUUCAGUGACUUCGAAUAUACCUCUAACACUUACGAGAUCCACGUACACUCGAAGGGUGAACCGUUCACAGACGGUAUGCCCAAUGUCCCAACGACCCAACAGACCCUGCUCGUCACGAAAGGGAGAUCUUACGAGGCGAGUCUUUACCCAAGGAAGUUACUUUCAUUGCCUUCAGGACAAGCGUGCAACGGGGAUGAAAACUAUGACUUUAAUCAGUGCGUCGAGGGGGCAUUGAAGGAGAAAUUCCUGGACGAAGCCCCGUGCGCACCGCCUUCCCUGGUGCCUUUGGGUGUUUCCAGCUUGAAGCCACCUUGCAACACCACUGACGACUUCGGGCUAUUUCUUGACUUUUAUGAUUCUGUCAAGAAUAAUUUCACCCCUGGAUGUCUGAGGAAGUGUAACACGACGGUGUAUGACGCUAUCAUUGUUCCAGAUGGAUUCGGUGAACUUGGCAAUCUUCCCCUUACCCGAAUCGAUUUCCUCACCCCAACAAAAGAAGUGGGGACGUUGGAAGAUCAAGUACUAAAAACGCUGCCUCAGUUUCUGUCCGACAUUGGAGGGAUGGUUGGGCUCUACCUAGAUUUUUCUCUUCUAUCCCUUUAUGUGCUCUUGGAAACCCUUAUCAUCCAUGUCAUUUCCCGAUUCUCCAAUCCCCAAGUUCGACCAGUAUCUCGACCGGGAUAAGUCAGAUGAGGAAAUCAGCCGCCGUCGCCCUGGACUCACGACCCUGGAGGUUGAAGUGCAGCAAUUUUUGCCAGAGAACCGCCAGUCAUUAUGCUGUCCGGAAGUGCCGUCC